AUGACGACCAAGGAGGUCACGCUCGGGGCGCAGAGGUUUGACUCUUUAAAUCAGUACAUUCUGAUCAAAGAUCUGGGGAGUGGAUCGCAUUCAAAGGUGAAAUUGGCGAUGAAUCAACAGGACAACGCGUUGUACGCGGUGAAGUGGACGCACGCGCGGGUGAACUCGUUGAAGGCGGUGCGGAAGGAGAUCGCGGUGCUGAAGAAGCUCAAUCAUCCCAACAUUCGUACGCUACACGAAGUGAUCGACGACGAGUUCGCGAAGGAGCUCAUUUUAGUAUUGGAGUACUGCGAGACGGGGCCCGUGUUUACGCGCUUCAGCACGACGCCCGUGGCGGAGGAGGUGUUGUGGAGGUACGCGCGCGACGUCGUGCUCGGUUUGGACUAUCUUCACUCGCUACGCAUCGCACAUAUGGAUCUCAAACCGGAGAACAUGCUUCUCUGCGCCGACGGCUCGGUGAAACUCGCAGACUUUGGGGUGAGUUUCAUCCACGACGUGGUGCUGUCUGAUGGGGUGGAGAAACGCCUCGUUGGUACGCCAGCAUUUUUAGCGCCCGAAGUGCCCUCCGAGGCCGGCUACGAUCCGUUCAGGGCAGAUAUCUGGUCUCUUGGAGUGUGCUUUUACAACAUGGCCAUGGGCAGGCUUCCAUUCCGCGGGAAAACUGUGUUCCAAAUCUGUGCGCACGCGCGCUCGAGCACCCUUGAGUUCAAUGAGGACCUUUCAGACGACUUCAAGGAUCUCGUGCGCUGCAUGCUUUGCGUCGAUGCAGAGAAGCGAGUGGAUAUCGCUGGUGUCAUGCAUCAUAACUGGAUCACCCAUGGUGGGACAGAUCCGCUCGCUCGACCUCUCACCGAGCUACCUCACAACAUUGUCGAGGUCACGGAGGAAGAAGUCGCGAGCGCCGUGCGAACCGAUCCACUCGCCGCCUUGUUGCAGCCCGCGUUCAAUUUGGUUGAGUUCAACGAUCGCGAUAUUCUCAUGAGGAAGGGAGCGAUCGGCGAGGUAAUGUACUUUAUAAACAAAGGAUACGUGGACGUACUGCUCGACGCAGUUGGCGUCGAUCUGGACACGAUUGAUGUGGAGCACGAAUCAGACGUGCUGGUGGUGCGUCAGCCCGGGGAGAUCGUCGGAGAAAUCGCUUUCCUUAAGGCGUUACAAGGAAUCAGAGACGAAUCGUACGUUCAUGGCUACCGCACGGCAACUGUCAGAGCGAAGGGCCCCGUUGAAUGUCUGGCUGUGAGCUUGCAAGAUAUGAUCGUCGCACUCGGGAAGGACGAAAGUUCGCGAGCGCGCAUCGUGCGCAGUGCGAGCUUCAAGCUCGAUCAGAACGAGGAAGUCCGACUUCAACUACUGGAGAAAACUUCGCGAACGAGCACGGAUUCGGAACGAGAAGAGAAGCAGGCUCCGUUCGCUCCCAAGCGAACGAUUCACGUUCUGUACGCCGAGGACAGCAUGCCGACGCAAAUGAUCGUGAAAGCUUUUCUACGAAAGCUUGGCAACGUCGAAGUCGUCAUCGCGCCCGACGGAAAAAGAGCGCUAGAUGCUCACAGAUCGAUAAACCAUAAAUUUGAUAUGAUUCUCAUGGAUUGUCAAAUGCCUGUGAUGGACGGGUUGGAAGCGACUCGACAAAUCCGAUCGCUCAAUUCAGAAAAGGCGACGGUGCCAAUUGUUGGAGUCUCGUCCGGUGUCGAAGGCAUGGGUCACAAGGAGUGCAUUGCUAAUGGCAUGAACGGAUUUGUGUCCAAACCUUUGAACAAGCAGAAGAUCGUCGACGUGAUUCAAAAGACGUUGCCGGACUUGUUCAAAAAUGACUAA